AGGUACUAUGUGGAUGAUGUGGAUGGGUCCAGGCUGGGGGACAUUUAUGAACCGACAUACGUACUACAUGAACAAAGAUCUGUUUUAAGUCCCAUAUUCGUUUCUACAAGUAGCAGUGCUCGAGUCUCAAUUCAAUGGUGUCGCAAUGUUUUCUUAUGUUAUAAUAGGUUUUGCUAUUUUGUUAGCAUAUAACCCGAUCAUCCAAUAUCUCUCACCGCAACCUUUCCGUCUCCCUCGGACCCCUCGGCCUCGCAUCAAUGAAUCGCUGCUUGCCAUCGACGCAACAAACCAAACUGCGCCGGAUUGUCCUCCGGAUUCCUAUUCAGUUCAUAUUCUUUCAAAAGCACCAAUCGUAAUCUACAUCGAGAACUUCCUCUCGGAAGAGGAACGGUCUUAUUUACUAGAUAUUAGCGAGCCGUUGUUUGAGCCUUCGACCAUCACUCAUGACGGUGACUCAACGCACCGAGAUGCGACAAUUCGCGACUCUGAAGUCGCCUUGAUCCCUCGCACCGACCCUGUGCGGUGUAUUGAGGCCCGUGCUCGGGCUAUUCAAGGCUGGCGAAACGACCUGUGGAUAGAGCGCUUACGGACUCAGCGUUACGGCACGAACCAGCACUACUCGCAUCACUUCGACUGGGGCUCUGGAGCCCUGGGCUGGGGCCGCGCCAGCAGCUUCAUGGCGUGGGUGCAAGCCGACGACGUCGAAGGAGGCGGAACGGAGUUCCCGUUACUUUACCGCGACGCGCCCGAUGAGCCGUGGUGUCGAUGGGUCGAAUGUCCCAAGUCGGAAGAUGAUCCAUCGAAGAAGGACGGAGAACCGGUUGUGGGCGUUACGUUCAAGCCGGUGGCUGGAAACGCCGUGUAUUGGGAGAACUUCCGCCCCGACGGGACUGGGAAAGGAUGGGACGAAACGUGGCACGCGGGCUUACCAGUGAAAAAGGGAACGAAAGUUGGAUUGAAUAUAUGGAGCUGGGGCAGGCUAAGUUAGAAGAGAUUUCAUCCGCGGUUCAUUCUGGUCAUCGAAUAGGUACAGCAAGUAGUAUACAGUUCAGUACGAUACUAUCGUUUGCCGUGCGACCAUCCAUUCCGGGGGAAAGAUCCGGCUACAUAGCAUCCAAUGACACCCAUCUAACCCGAGACCGUGGGUUUCCUAUUGGCGGUCUGUAUCUCUUAUUGGGCGUUUUGGGCGACCAGCCCCGACUGUGAAACCGUGCCCAGAAAUUGUCUUCUCUCAUACUUUAACUGUUUGGCUAUAUAUAAACCUAUCGUCGACGGAUAUCGAGGUAAAGACGUCGCUAGAUAUAGCCGCGUCAUCGAACCAGAGGUGGAUAUGCGAUCGUGCUUUAAGUAAAUCUGAAAUGGCUUUUAACUUUGGAAUAGCUCCAGGCACAUGAACAACGGUGAGGUGUUCCCUACGGGAAAAUUCUGUAGGCCGGGAACCAAUUAGAAGCCCGAUGAACCCCCACACGGUCUAGGAUAGAGACCCGAUGUCGCCAUUUCAAGACAGGAUUAGAACACCGCC